AUGCCCGUCCUUGUUGACGUGAACGAGCCCUCACAGUUGCCCCCACAACCGCAUCCACAACAACACGAACAACAACAACAGCAGCGCGUCCACUGUAGCAGUUCCACGCGUCGCCAGCCCCUGGUUGGCAUCGAGGAAUUCACAGCAAAGGAAAAGGAAGAGUCUCUCUCGUCGUCGUCGUCAGUGCAUACAAACGACCACCCCGACAGCAAGGAAAACUACCCACCACUUAACGCCGCCCGCAAGCGAUCUCGGUCCACUGUCGUCGUCGCUAAGGGAAUCGAGUCGAUGCCUGCCCAGACCUUCUCUAUCGUCCUCCCUUUGCAGAGAGGUGACACCUCUUCCAAAUGUGGAGCUGCCUCUUUGGCCGAGGUUGAGGUUGGGGUCGAGGGCAAGUCCAAGGCUUCAAGGUCCAGGGUCAACAAGGGCCGAGACAUCUCAAAAGAGACCAACCGAAUCGAUAUGGACUCGACUCGUGGUGGUGUUGACAGUGGUGUCACUAAUGCUGCCUCGUCAGACGGCCUGAGCCAGAGUGAGCCAGUAUCAGCGACAGCAACAGCAACAGCAACGACGACCACGACAUCAGCAGAUAUGCACCGGAAGCCGGAUAUCUCGUACUCUCAUCUCAUUCUCCACGCCAUCUCCCAGUCACCCAACGAACGUCUGACCCUGCGUGAGAUUUAUGCGUGGAUCGAGACCCGACAUCCCUUUUAUCGGGACAGUCCCACUGGUUGGCAGAACUCGAUUAGACAUAAUCUGUCGUCGAGCAAGGCCUUCAUCAAACUGGAGAGGGUCAAGAACGACCAUGGCAAGGGUUGCUUCUGGACACUGCACGAAAAUGCCCAUGAGAUCCUCUCUGCUUCAAGCAACAAGAAGGGGAGAAAGAGUCUCGCAGACAAUGACGAUGGCCUCCUUGCUACGUCCUCCUUGACUACUGCCGCUCCUCUCACUCCUUCCACACCCACAACCACAUCUACAGCCACGGCGGUUCGGUCCAGAAGUACCUCUUCGCUUCCCAAGAUCAAUUGCAAGCAAGAUGGCUCUCCCAGAAGCGACCUCCCCUCGCCCGCGGCCUCUGAGCUCUAUGACGAUCCAAAGAGUCCGAGACCUCUCCGGACUAUGGUCAAAGAGGUCUAUGCGCCCUCGACCCCUCCUUCAUCGCCCGACUAUGAGGCGGACUUGGAGGAUAAGGGAGUUGUUCUUAGCAACAAGUCUGCAACUUCAUCGACCACAGACGAAGCUUCCUCGGCCUCCAAUCCCCUUGAGACAAAGACACCCAUGUUACCCUCGUCCGAUCCUGUUCCCGCGACCACCCGUCGUGUCCGUCGCCCUCCUCAAAACUUGUCCGAGUUUGUAUCAUCCGAAGACUUCAAGGCCUCCUUUGGCAAAGAGUUUUCGACGGCUGGUCCCAACACUCCGUCGUCACCAAAGCCGGUCGAGAGGAAGCGUUCCAAGACUCUACCUACUGUCGUUUCUAGAGAAAGGAUUGCCUCUUCCGGGCGAGCCCUUGCAAAGGAAUCUUCGCCUUCUGCCCCCUCCACUGACGAGAUUUCGCCUACCACGCCUACAGAGGAGCUCGCAGCGUUGGCCCUUGCGCCAUCCCUCUCGAAGAAGUCGCCCGAAGACGUUCCUCUGCAUCGCCUUGUGUCGGUUCCGUUGAGUUCGCUGAGCCAUAUGACCCAUUUGAAGCGAUCACGCGACGAUAUGUUGCCUGGAACUACGACCAAGAAGUGGCGACGGGAAGAUCAGCGUCAACACCGCCCUCCGCGUGGACGUGGUCGAUCCAACUCGCUCCAGGAGACGACAUAUGAACGACGAUGCCGCGAGGGCAAGCGAGAGAUUGUGGUAGCCUCUGAAGAUGACUGGUCCUCCGACUCUGAUGACGAUUUUCUUUGCGACAGCGACCUCGACGGAUACUAUGGUGAUCAGCAGAACAACAGGUCGACCUCAUCAUCGUCUUUCAACAAGGCCGAUUUGUUGUUGCUGGACUCAUCGGCUAUCUCGUAUGGGUUUGAGAUGACGGAUUCCGAGUACAUUCUUGACUUUAACCAAGGUCCCUUGUUCAACAGUGUCGUCUGGCCCGAAUACUCUAACCUGCAAGGACAGGAGGAUUCGACGACCAACGACUAG